CAUUUCAUGCGCAGCUGGGAAGGUGGUGAGACAUUGCUGGCGUCUGUUACAUUGAAACCGCAACCUAGGAACUGACAGUUUUGAAAAUACGUUUUGUCUGAGAGAUAGGCCAGAGGCAGCACUGCAUGCCUAUGUGGCGGUAUGCGAGUUGGUGCAUGCAUUCUUUGCGGUGACACACACUGUUGUUGUGUUCACUGUUAUAUCUAUCUCCAUUCGGUCGGUAAGUAAAAUAUUAGAUCGGUUGCUUACGAUUACAUAAUGCUUUAAGCCCUCUGUAGUAGGCAUGUAGUAACGUUACUGUAGAUAGGCAUACAUGCAAUGCAAAGUAUUUGCUCACUGAUUUGCUGCGUUUGAAGAGGGACUGUUCUAGAACUCGUAUUGGAGAAUGGGUCUCUCAGACAAUAAGCCUCACGGAGCAUCACCUUACACCGGAGUUCCCCAACUGGUGAUUUUAUUUGUCCCCCCCAAGUUUUCUGAGCCAAAUUCUUUUCAUUUUGUUUCAUUGUUGGACAUAAAAUAGUAAAAACACCAGCAAAUCAGCUCAAAGUGAUUUACAUUUAGGAAAGUUUUCCCACGCAUAAUAGAGAAAUGGAUGUGAUCGUAUACAAACGUAAGCAAGGUUUGAAACGAUUGUUUUAGUCAAAUGUUAUAUCUGUUUGGGCUUCUUGCGGUCAAUUUGCAGUCUACAAAUUAUUUGUAAUUAUGUUCCGGCCCCCUGACCAUCCGCUCCCCCAAAAAUAGUCCCGCAGCUGAAUUUAGUUGAUGAUCCCUGCCUUACACAGCUCAAUUGUAGACUACAGGUAUCAAUGUAGUGACCUGGGUCUAAGAUAUGUAAAGAUAUUAGCCAUGUUGGCAGCCCACAGAAGACAUCAAGUUUGAUCUGUUUGCUCUUAUCGGGUUCUGUGUCGGGCAAUUUUUGACUUGUAAACUGUUGGCCUUACAGGUAGCCUAAACCGUGCCUAAUUGUGGCCAGAAAAGGGGCAUUUGCCGGUGGCAUCCUGGUUUGGAGACCUUUCCGGAGAUUCAGAAUGUGGUCAUAACAAUGUAUGUCCCUUCCUGAUAGGCUACCACUCUCUGACAUACAGAGUGAGGUUACAUAUCUGGGAGGUUUGACUAACCUUUCGGGUUUUAUUUAUUACUCAUCCUAAAAUGACAGCAAAAUGAAAUGUAUGCUGUUUUAUUCAAUGUACCUCAUGUAGAUAGGAUUUUGUUUGCGAAGAUCUAGUUGUCGAUUUGUGUGGUCGUCACCAUGCGUUUAGGUAGGAGUACAAUAGCAGCACAGUAUUAUUUGAGAUGGUCUUUCAUACUACUGUGUCUGGUUAUAUUAAUUCAAAAGACAACAAGUAGCCUAGUGUCUGUCUAACAAGUAGCCUAGUGUCUGUCUGUCUCCUGAGGCCUGUUCUGGAAAAAUUUAAUAAUUUUCUCUUUCAUUUCUCGUUUAACCCUCAGAAAUACCUCUUGUCCUUCCUGUGUCAAUCCAUCUCAAUUCAGCAAGCCAUGACACCCGCCAUCUCACAUUAUUCUCAAAUCGUUUCUGUAGUUACAAACAGAUAAGAUUCCUACAACAUUAUUUUGUUGAAAUGUCAUUUGAUCUCUGAUAUAAAAUAAGCUAUAAUUGCACCCAAAUUGACCAUUUUAAUUUAUAGGAUUCAUAUACUAUUCAGUAAAUAUAGUACGUAACAUCUUAUUUUGACAACUUUUUUUUCUAACAAUGUGUAAGAAAAAAUAAAUGUUCAAAAGCUGAUCCCCCACACCCCACUCCAAUCCUAUCACAACAGCGAGUAUACUGUAUCAGUUCUCUAUGUUUAGUAGUAUGGAGCUGCGGCUCUGAAUAUUGUUUCUUCAUCCUACAUAAUGUAUUCUCAGUGAAUUCGAUAAUGGUUUUCUUCCCUUGUUCAGGGAAAUUUGUCAUUGAAGUUAAGUUUGUCCCAUCCUACAUCCUGAUAUUGCCAGGUUUGACCACUAGAUGGCGUUGCUCCUGCUAAUAGGUGAAAAGGGUUGGAAGAUUCCCCCCUCAAUGUUAAAGGGAUAGUUCACCCAAAUUACAAAAUAACAUUGGUUUCCUUACCCUGUAAGCAGUCUAUUCAUAGGGUGCACCUCCGUCACUCAGUCGCGUUAUGAACGUUCUCAAAACGCCCUCUAUCGGUGGCGCUACAGUGGUGCCCUAAAGUGGUGAUCAGCACAGUUAUUCUGGAUGGAGGCUAACGGUUUAAUCUAAAUUACACUAUAGUGCCUGGAAAUACAAUGGCAUUGCAAAAGUAGUCAUAUUUAGUAGGAAACAACUUUAUCAGCAUUAUCGCGUCAUUAAAUUUACUUUAGACAGAUGGUAAUGUUGUCAUUAGCUAUUAAAGUUUGUCAAACAUAGCUAACAAUGCUAACUUUAGCCAGCUAAAAUCCAGUGGCCUCCCCUCAAUCUUAGCUAGCUAAUGUUCUACUGCAUCUAAAGUCAAUAUGUUGUCCUCAAAAUGAUGACAAAAGGUUUUCCUACUAAUUAUUUGCCUUUUGAAUUUCAUUGUAUUUCCAAGCCACAGUAAUGCACUUUUGAUUAAAUCUUCAUCAGCACUCAUUGACGAUGCAUUGCGUAGAAUGCUCAGUCGGGUAUCAGUCCAAAACGAACGUUCAAAGCAAUAUUUUGUCAAAACAUCCAACCAACAAAUUGAUAAGGUAUGACAUCAACCCAUGCUUUGGUUUUGUUGGCCACGGUUUCAAAUGCUAACUUUUAAGCAUUUGUAGCACAAAUCCAAUUCAAGUCAAUGGUACCUAUAUUAGCAUUUUCACGCGUCAUGUUUGCCACAAAUGCAAAAAAGUUAGCAUUUGAAACUGGCCAGGUAAACAAAAUAAUGGGUUGCUGUCAUACAUUGUCCAUAGAUAUGCUUACAUGGUAAGGAAACCAAUAUGUAAUUUGGGUGAACUAUCCCUUAUACAUUUAGGGGUCCUUAAAAAAAAUCACUUAAAAGCUGGAACAGCACCAUUUAGUGGUCAGAACCUGGUGUUAUCAGGAUGUGGGAUGGGACAUGAACCUAACAAUGUCAAUGACUAAUUGAAUAGGGAAAAACAAACAAAAACAUAUUCACUGAGAAUACAUUACAUAGGAUGAAGAAACAAUACUCCCAAGCUGCAGCUCCAUACUACUUGUCAAACAUAGAGAACUGAUACUGUAUAGGCCUUGUUGGGUUGGGAUUGGUGUGGGGGGUCCGUGGGAGGCUUUUGACAAUUUCUUUGGAUUCCUCAUGUCUUACUCAUUGUUAAAAAAAAAAAAGUUUGGUCCAAAUCAAAUGUUAGUUCCUAUAUUUAUUGAAUAUUACAAAUCCUAUCAAUUAAAAUGGCCAAUUUGAAUGCUAAUCUUAUCCAUUACUAGCAACAAAAUAGGUUUCAGAACAGUCGUGUGGCAUGUAGGAGAAUACUAUAAGCCCUAGGUCUAUAUUGUCUCAACUGACUGUUUCCAAUGGCUCUCCUUAGACAAUACUACAUAUAGGCUAUAGUCAAAACCUAUGUCACACCGACAUUAUUUGAGACUUUUCAUUUGGGUUUAUUAUCUGAGUGGUAUUGCAAUGUAACCAAUAGACUUUUUGUCCUCGGGACUGUUAAAUGGACCCUAGUAAUCCCAUAAUGACUGCCAAAUCGGCACUCUCUCUCACCAUAAUCCCCUUUUGGAAAAAUCCCUCAUAUGGUGAACAACAGUGACACACUGUCUCUUUAAGAAUGAGAAAAAUGACCUGUCUAUUGUGACAUUACAGACACAUCACUGUGGAAUAGCAGCAGAGGAACCGCCUGCAAAUACAAUAUUUUGAGAGCCUCUCAAUCUGCAGUGUCUGGAUGCCGAUGGUGCAGAAGUUAGGCUACUGGUGUGUUCUUCUGAGCCAGCUUGAUCUUACCUGAGCCAGCUUGAUCUUAUUCAUUGAGUUUUCCCUCUGGAGUUUUUCUUGUUUGGAAAGCCCUUUGAUGGUGGAAAGAGGAUGGACCAUGGCAGCCAGCAGCAGCAGCACCCAGCCAUGAUACGGCUCUAUGAGGUCCAGCGGGAGGUCCAGUCUCUGGGCCCUCAGGUGUGCACUUUCAGCGGGUUGAAGAACGAGCGGGAGUAUCGGCGGCUGGAGCGCGAGCUGACCCGGCUGCUCCUGGAGGUGGACCAGGUGGACACGGAGGGCAGGGCAGACCUACAGGGGGCACGCAAGAGAGCAGCCCAGGAGGUGGAGGGGCUGCUGCGCUACCUUGAGGAGAACGCCACCCACCCGUCUCGCCUGGCCAUCGAGGAGCUGAGCCGGGAGGCCCAGAGGCUGGUGGAGCAGGGGGUGGUGGAACCGCAGCGGGCCGGGGGCACAGCAGAGAUCAGUGAUGAGCUGGUGGAUGCCGUGCAGGAGCUGAUACUGAGGCUCACCCAGGUGAAGACAGGAGGGAGGGUGCCCCUUCGCAAGGCUCGCUAUCGGGCCCUGACACGACUGUGUGCCGUGCAGGACGUGAUCGAGGGCCGCACGCGCCAGCAGACCCUCCCCCUGUCAGAAGACACGCACGUGGCCGUGCAGAGGAUCAACCAGGUGAUGGUGCAGGUGAGUGGGGCGCGCAGCCAGCUGGUGGCACUGCUGAUGGGGCUGAGUGGGAGGGAUAGCUGUGCCCACCUGUCCCGCGUGCUCACUGAGCUUCUGGUGGAGCUGGAUGCCCUGGACGUGUCGGGGAAUGCAGCGGUCCGGAACUACCGCAAACAGGUGGUGGAGGAGAUCAACGGCCUGCUCAAACACCUGGACCUGGAGGGAGAGGGAGACGACACGCGCAGGUAUGACUUGGCGCAGAAUGACUCAAUCCGUCAGAUUGAGGCGGUGCGGGGUCGGGUGGGCCAGCUGCGCGGGGAGGUUCUGCGACACUGUGGGGUGGGCGACCUCUUCAGGCCCAAGCCUGAGCUCCAGAGUCUCCUCACACAUCUGGACCAGGUGGAUACGGCCCGUAACCCCUGUAUCCGUGAGGCCCGCCGACGCGCUGUGCUGGAGGUCCAGGCUGUCAUCACCUUCCUGGACCUCCGUGAGGCCCUGAUCUGCCGCCAGCCCGGCUCCAACGAGCCCCCACAACACAGGGCUGUGUGGAUGGUCCUGGGCAGCCUGUCAGACCUCCAGGCCCAGGUACUCUGCUUCAACGGCAAGCGGGCCGACAAGAGCUACAUAUUGCUUGAGGAGCUUCUAACUAAACAGCUGCUGGCCCUGGAUGCAGUUGACCCACAGGGUGAUGAGAUGACCAAAGUGGCCCGCAAGCAGGCAGUCAAGUUUGCCCAGAACAUCCUCAGCUAUCUGGACAUGAAGACAGACGAGUGGGAAUACUGAUCCACUGGAAAAGACUAUACAUAGCUGAAGUAUGGGUACGCCAACCUAUUAAAUUGUAUAUAUACACUGGUGUAUCAUCACUCUAAGAGUUGGGGUCUGUACAUUUUGACUAAAUCCCAGAAUGCACUGCAGCAGCGCUUUUGGUCUCUUUGUUGUCAUUGUCGCUGGCCUGUGGGUAAAAAAAAACAACCCAACAACAUUUUUGUGAAAUAGAAUUUGGAGAAAAGUGUUAUGACGUGCUUUUGAAAGUUUAUUGAGCAUCUUUUUGAAAUCUACUGUAUGUAUAUGAGUUUUGAUCAGUGUUGUUGUGUGGUUGUAAAGCCUGCGGCCAAAAGCACUGAAGCCUGUUAUGGUGGUGGUCAGAGUAGUUAAGAUCCAGUCACGUCGUCUGUUUUUCAAAAGCAGGAGUGGGACUAGAGUAAUUACAUCUCAAUGGUAUCCAUGUUUUGCUUGACUACUUUGGAGGUCAGUUGUAAAUUAACUCAGCCAAACGAUGUCUGUGAUGUCUCAAAAUACUUCUUUACCGAGAUGAACAGAGAGUGUACAUCAGCACUGUGAGACAAGAUCUUCACCUGUUCAUUUUGCUUAUCCUCUGCUCUCUUUCUUCCUUUAUUAUUCAACACUUCUGAGGCAAACUCCCCUAACCAUGGCUGGACACACCAGUCUCUGGCAACUGUUCAGAUGACAAAUGAAAAGGAGAGCUUCUUCAUGGCUUUCCCCACUGUCCUACAAUAAUGAGGAUGGGCAUGGAACUCGGUGAAGUUAAACGGCCUGUGAGAUCCUUUGUCAACUUAGAGGGUUAGUUAAAGGCCUAGUUCUAAAGAAUGAAUAUUUGUAGACACGAUAAAUGACUGUUUGUCUGUAAUUUGUAGCUAAAUGUUGAUUGUGACUUGUGUGUUUGUGAGGCUAUAUCCUGUCUGCAUUGAAUUUAGUGAAGGGGAAAAACAGAGUGGAGGUGGGUUUGUUUUUGUCUGUGACUUUUCUAUUGUCAGAGGAGUGUGUAUGGGAGCCCUGGUGAGGGUCACUGAUUUUACCUUACUAUUAUUAUAGCUGUUUACAGUGAACACAGUGUGCAGGGCAGUCUAAAACCGCUUCAGCAGAGGUAGGAAGCUAUUAGUAAAAAAAAUCUGUCUUUCCUUUCACAACCCCCCCCCCCCCCCCCCUCCCGGUGUUUUUAUCCCAAACAAAGCAACCCCCACCAUACUCCACACACAAGCUAGGGAGGGACUGGCUGCUACCUUUUACAAAAUAAUCCUGAAUGCACAAAGAAAAGAAAAAUCACUAAAUGGGUGACUGAGGAGCACCUAGGCUAUUGUCACCGUGAGAAAUUUGCACUUUUUACAAAUUUUCAGCAUUAUACCUCAGCUGUUUGUAAAUGGACCCCUGCAUGCCUGGUAGAUAGCCCUAAGUACUAACAGAGCAUAAACAGUCUUCAGUUAACUCCCACAGAACUCCCAGACUCUCAACAUGACAGGGGUUAUUCAACCCUUCCCCUGCUGCUGUUGAAAAACAUAUGGCACAAAAACAGUGAAAUCCAGCUACACGGUCAUGGGAUGUCUGACUCAUAAGUGAGAUAAUGAUUCGAUUAGACAGUGUUCAGUGUGGCCUUCAUGUAAUGGGUUUUUGUUCACACAGCAAACCUAAUGCUGUCUCAAACCAACCAACCCUGCCAGAUCAGAGGCUAACACUAGCUACUGUUAUAAUUCUCCUCUUGAUCUGCUCACGUACCAGUAGGUGUGAUUAUCAACGCACAGUUGCACACAACCUUGCAAAAAUAGAACAUACCUCUUAUCUGAAAGCAAUGCAAGGUGUUCUAUCUGAACUAUGUAUGCUAUGCAUCAGUUGCAUCCAGUGUUUGAAAAUGCAUUGAACAUUUUAGGGGUAGAAUGUAUCAUUUUGUCAGUGAAGAAUGUUAUAAGUUUGUUUUAUUUUUCCAAGUACCAAAGCUGAUUUAUUUCAAGGACACUUUUUAUGUUCCUUACUCUGUGGUGGACCUUUUGGUUUGCUUACUUUGCAAAUGGCAGGAAUGUGUCUGUGGGGUACAGUAUUAAAUGUUUUAAUUUGACGAUCUGUUUCUCCAGUCGCCUUUGACUAAGUGGAUUGUGACAGGCUUUGCUGUGUUUCUCAUACAAGAUGCACGUGUACAAACGCACACUGAGGUUUAAAUGAUGUGUGAAUGCUUCAAUAAUAGGUUUGUUUGACUUUUUAUUCCCACUCCAAAAUAAAAAGGUGUGUCCCGGA